AUAAAAGCCGAAGCAGUGUGAGCUAAAACAUCGGCGCGGCGACACGUUCCGAAUAGAAAAAUGGACGGCGAAGCGAACAGUCUUGAGACUAUCAUCAAUAAUAACCUAAAUGGUUACGAUUUGGAGCAGUACAAUCGAAUAUACUACGGAAGAAGGAAUCAUUUAGAAGUCCCUAUAAAAGAAUCUUCAAAAGAUAAAUCGGAAGAAUUCGAUUUUGAUAUAAUUGCGUAUUCUUUUCCCGCCAAAAUUGAACAAAUUCGACCAGCCAGGAUAGUUAAGAUUGGAGUUAUACAACAUUCAAUCGUUCUACCGACGGAUCAACCGAUUAGUUUACAGAAAGCGGCAAUUUUCGAGAAAGUUAAAGUGAUCAUAGAGACGGCCGGUGAGGAAGGGGUGAACAUCCUAUGUCUCCAGGAGUUGUGGAACAUGCCAAUGUUUGUCGCGACCAGAGAGAAGCACCCGUGGUGCGAGUUCGCCGAGUCCGCAGAGAACGGACCCACCACUAGAUUUAUUUCGGAACUGGCAGCUAAAUAUUCCAUGGUGAUCGUGUCUCCGAUUUUAGAGCGAGAUGAAAAUCAUAGUGACAUUUUGUGGAACACCGCAGUCGUGAUCAGUGACAAUGGUAACGUGAUCGGCAAGCAUCGGAAGAAUCAUGUGCCAAGAGUCGGGGACUUCAACGAGUCAACUUACUAUAUGGAAGGUAACACGGGCCAUCCGGUAUUCGCGACUCGCUAUGGUAAGAUAGCUGUCAACAUCUGCUUCGGCCGACACCACGUCCUUAACUGGAUGAUGUUUGGUCACAACGGAGCGGAGAUCGUGUUUAACCCCUCGGCAACCGUUGGUGGUGAUACCGGGAGUGAGUACAUGUGGAAUAUAGAAGCUAGAAAUGCAGCUAUAACUAAUAGUUACUUCACCGCGGCAAUCAAUAGAGUUGGGAAUGAAAGAUUUAAAAGUGAAUUUACCUCGGGGGAUGGGAUGCCCGCUCAUCAUAGCUUCGGGCCUUUUUACGGGUCGAGUUAUAUCUGCGCGCCCGAUGGUGUCCGAUGCCCUGGACUAUCGCGCACUAGGGACGGACUCCUCAUCGGGGUGUUGGACUUGAACCUGAACAGGCAAGUGAGGGACCGCACUUGUUACCAAAUGACGCAACGUUUGGAUUUGUACGUGAACAGUUUGAGUAAAGUUUUAGAUAUAGAUUAUAAACCACAAGUUGUGUACGAAAAGAGAAAAUAG